AUGGUUCUGAAACCCUGCCGUGGAUCACUUCAGGCCCCUGCCCUGACCCCUUCCUCCCCAGGUGAGCGGGGUGCAACCCUGUCUGGUGGCCAGAAGCAGCGCCUGGCCAUCGCCCGUGCCCUCAUCAAGCAGCCCACGGUGCUGAUUCUGGACGAAGCGACCAGCGCACUGGACGCUGAGUCCGAGCAGGUUGUGCAGGAGGCCCUGGACCGUGCCAGCACUGGCCGCACGGUGCUGGUCAUCGCCCACCGGCUCAGCACCGUGCGUGGGGCCCACCACAUCGUCGUGAUGGCCCAAGGCCAUGUCUGUGAGGUGGGGACUCAUGAAGAGCUCCUGAAGAAGGGGGGCCUCUAUGCAGAGCUCAUCCACAGGCAGGCCCUGGAAGCCCCACCGCCCGAGGCGCCCAAAGGCCCCAGGAACCGCCCUGUGAGGUCCUGAGAGCAGUGCCCAGAGCCGGGGCUCAGCGCAGGGGCGCUCCCAGGGCCUGAGCCCCCAGGAGGGCUCGUAUACUUGGGCUGCUGCCCUGCUCACAGUACAUCCCAGCUGAGUGCUGGGCUUGGGGGUGAGUGGGACCGCGCCCACCCAGUCCCUCUCCUGCCACCUGCUGCCUCCCUCCUGCCAGAGCCUUGAGUGGCCGGGCUGCACCAGGGCGGAGGCAGAGGCCCCGAGCUCCUCCUCUGUCCUUCCCUUUGCCAGGCCCUCCUGGACCUUCUCCGAGACCCUGCUGAGUCUCCCGCUCUACCUGGAGCUGAAACCUGUGCCCACACCCUUGCCAGGAUCUCCCUCACUCAGACCGAUACCCAACAGUUCUCCUUCCCCACUGCCUCUCUAGGCCAGGGCACAAGAAGCCCACCCUGGGGCCGACCCCUCCAACUCACAAGUCACCAGCCUGGGAGCAACUCCCUUCUUCUCCCUGCUCCCUUGACACAGUCCAGUGUUUCUAGACUGUCUCGACUUCGCCCUCCCCGCCAUCCAAAUGGGAUAGGGGCCUAACACGCACCUGGCCCUUGGGGAGGCAGGAGAGGCAGGGCGCCCCCGUGGCCCCCAGGAGCUCCCAGUGGACUGGGCUGUCUUACCACUGCCCUGGCCCCGUGAGCCUGAAGUCACCUGAUGAGAUUGUGGACAGCUCCCCUCCUAUGUGAAAACACCAAGAUCUGAAGGGGACAGAAGGGGCAAUACACGCCAGGACUCCAGCCACGGGGAGCAUAUAAUGCUGGGAGUCGCCAGGCUGCUAGGGAGCAGUUCAUGCUGACCUCAGAAUACAGAAUCAGUCUGGGAAGGAGAGGUUCCUGCCGGACCAGCCUCCGGACCAGCCUCCGUGGAGUGUCAGGGAGGCUCCCUGAGGCAGGUGGGACCAGAGCCUCACCUUGGAAGGCGUUGGGCCAACCACGCAGGGGGCAGGAGUCUGUGUCUAUAGCCCCAAAGCUGUGAGUGAUGCAGGGCUGGACUUGGCUUCUGAGGGCCUAGGACGGCCAGGAUUUCCCACCAACCUCCUCACAGUCUCCCCGAGCAGCCCACCCGUCCUGCCUCGGUCUUGGUCCUGUCUUCCCACCAGGAAUCCUUGCCCCUUCACUGCGUUCCAGGCUAAGGACUGUGCCCUGGGGUGGGGAAGAGGACCCAUUCAGCCUGCGCCCUGCUCCCUGGGCUGGGGGAGAGGGAUUGCCUACGCCGGACCUCACAGGCAACCAAGCCUUGAAGAUUUAUCCUGUGGCACCGAAGGGCGAUGGCACGUUUCAAGGGUGCAGGAUGAGCAGAGCGGGUUGUGGCUGGAGGCCAGCCUGGAGUAGGUAGCAGUGGCUCAGGUAUGAGUGCAGAGCCCAGGGAUGAGAGUCCCCACAGUCUUUUCUGGAUGUGGUUUAGGACCAGAUAACUGCUUCGGGGACAAAGCAUCUGAAAUACCCCAAGGCCGCAGCCACUGGCUUGAUAGCCCUGCUUCCUUGCUGGUUGGCGGUCACAGCCCAGGGAACAGAGUACAGGCUGGGUCGCUUUGCCACCAAACACCUCCCUAGUGAGCGUAGCCAAGAGCAGGCCUCGGCGCCCAGGCCUGGUCCUCACCGGCCUGCCUGGCCUCCCUGCAGCGAGUCGGCCAAGGCCAGCUCCUGCCCCACCUGCUCUAGUCCCAGCCUCAGGCUACCUGGGAUGCCUUCUGACGCCAGAUUCUGAGAGUCUCUUACCUCUUGCGGGUGGCCUCCAAAUACUGCUCGCACCCCACCCACUGGGGAAGCAGAGCAAUCCAGCCUAGAAGGCUGUGUGGUGGCCACACACUUGCUGUGUAGCCUUAACCUCAACCUUGGAUCGUGGGGCUAUUUAUCACGGGUCAUAACCUUGGCUCUGCUUCAUCCUGAGAGCUUAAGACUCUACAUGGGAGAAUCUGUGGUGAAGUACUUAAAAUUCGCAAUAGUACAGCCUGAGAAGCUGAUCACAUCUGUGCAAUAAACUACUAUUUCCUCUC